UGUCGGCGCUUCGUGGAGGCGCUGCAUCCCGUUUUGUUUUCCACAAAGAAGGAAAAACACCGAGCUGAGCAUCACAUGUGGGAUUAACAGGAUGAGUGACAGCUGAAACCCUCCGACUGACCACACAAAGUUCACAGGUAACAUGACGGAGGUGGCCGGUCCCUGGAUGGAGGUGUUCGAGAGGAAGGAGAAGUCAGGUGGAACGGAGACGUUGUUGGGGGGCUCCACUCGGACUCUGGCUCCUCUCACAGCAGAUUCGCCGUCCAUACGCCGCUCCCAGCCGAUCCUCAUCGCCUCAAACAGGGUUAAAGGUGUAGAGUCUUUCUCCUCCUCCAUCCCAUCGAUACCCAACCCCUUCCCAGAGUUGUGCAGCCCCUCCAAGUCUCCCGUGCUCACUGGUUCACUUCCACCACAGUCCAGUGACAAACACUUGAUAAAGGUGUACGGAGAGGACAGCCACAGCAGGUCGGUGUGGGUUUCUGCAGAAGCGACAGCCAGAGAAGUGUGCCACCUGUUGGUCCAGACGGCUCACUGCAGCGACCAGGAGAACUGGGCUCUCCUCGAACUCCACCCCUCCCUUGGCCUGGAGAGAUGCCUGGAGGACCACGAGGUUGUGCUGGAGGUUCAGGGGACCUGGUCUCUCAACGGUGACACGAGGCUCAUUUUCUGCAAAAACUACGCCAAGUACGAGUUCUUCAGGAAGCCGAUGCUCUUCUUCCCAGAGUGCAUGAUCUCCGACAGCGCCGAUGUCAGCAAGGGAAUGACAUCAUCAGAGCUCAUUCAGAACCUGCUGAGGUCCGGGACGUGUCCAGAGAUCCAGGGUUUCCUCCUCGUCAAAGAGCCCAGUCGGAAAGCCUGGAAGAAGGUCUACUUUUUCCUGCGCCGCUCUGGACUCUACUGCUCCACCAAGGGAUCCUCCAAGGAGCCUCGACACCUGCAGUAUGUGGCUGACCUGGAGGAUCUGAACGUGUACACGGUGGUGAACAGCCGCAAACUGUACGGAGCACCUGCAGACUUCACCUUCUGCAUCAAGCCCUCCAGGAACCCCGUUCGCACUCAGGACCUGAAGAUCUUGUGCGCUGAGAACGAACAGACACGAACUUGUUGGACUUCGGCUUUCAGGUUGUUCAAGUACGGGAAGCAGCUUCAGUGUAACUACCAGUUGUCCAAGUCGGCCCCACGGAGCCCGGAAGGAUCCAGACUCACAGAUGGCAAAUCAAAGUCGGAGGCGAGCCUGGUGGCCAUGGACUUCUCCGGGAAGGCCGGCGGACGGGUCAUCCAGAACCCGAUGGAGGCCCAGAGUGCAGAGAGGGAGGAGGGCCAAGCCUGGAGGAGGAGGGAAGCCCUGAGGUGCAGUCUGCCCAACCUCAACUCUGCUGCGAGACCCUCCUCCAUCCACAAGUCCCAGCCGUGGUUUCAUGGUGGCGUGUCCAGAAAGGAAGCUCAGAGGCUGAUAGAGAAGCAGGGCCUGGUGGACGGGAUGUUCCUGAUCCGUGAGAGUCAGCAGCACGCCCAGUGUUUCGUCCUCUCGCUGUGCUACAAGCUGAAGACCAAACACUACCUCGUCAUCCCUUGCGAGGAGGGAGGCAGGAAGUACUUCACCAUGGACGACGGCCUGACGCUCUUCAUAGACCUCCUGCAGCUGGUGGAGUUCCACCAAAUCAACAAGGGCAUCCUCCCUGUGUGCCUCAAACACCCCUGUGUCUGCGUGGCACUGUGAGCCCUUCACACUCAGCCUGACCUCUCCUCCGUCAUCCUUUAAUGUAGCCUCUCCUGCUGGCCCUGGAUCAGUCACCCAGGCCUUUAGUUCAAGUCUAAAGUGUGAACCCCGGUCAUCAGAUUGUACUGAUAUCUAUUAAGCACAGUUGAUAAAGAGCAAUUACUCGACUGGAUUAUGAGCCCGAGCAGAGCAAAGGUGUGCAGGCUGUGAUAAUGUCAUCUGCUUGUGAGACGUCGACUCCUGGGAAGUGAGAGCCAGACGUGAAGCAUAUUGUCCGCCUCCCCUCUCCUCACUGUUUUUAAUUAUUUGAACUCUGUGUGCAGCUCUGCAGCUUUUUUGUUUUUAAUUAAUGAGCUGCUGUCCCCGUGGAGACGGCUUAAUUAGCCACGUUGGACAGACUUUUAGAGCUUUUUGUUAGCGUGCACUUUGAUUCAGGUCCGUGCUGCUGCGGAGACAUUUGGAGGACGAGCACCGCGAUGAAGGCGGCAGGAGGAAACGUUUGAUUGCGGCUCCACCAGAUUUCACUGAAGAACUGACGGAUUGUGGCCACCAGAGGGCACUCUGAGUCAAAUCCUUCUCAGCUGUGGCACGUGAGACAUGCACAGAUGGAGUCUGAUAUUAAUACUGAAGAUAAUUGUGAUUUUGUCAUCAUGAAAAUACCCCAGGUUGCAGUCAUGUAGCAUGUAAAUCUCACUCUUCUGACUCUUUGAUGUUUUGUACAUUAACUUCUUGUUUGUGUUGCUAAAAACAGUUUCAUAUGUUAGCAAGAAGAAACUUUUAAGUGCUAUAAGAACUCUUUCAUCACUAUAUUUGCACAAUAAUGGUGAAGGGGAGCUGCGUUCACUCAUGAUGUUUAAACAACCAAAUAUUUAACGAAAACCUAAGUGUGAGAAGCCAUUCUCGACCAAAACAAAACGAAGGUUUUUACUGCUGAGGAAGACCGUACGAUGUGCUGAAAGCUCUGGAAAGCUCAUAGCUGGAGCUCAAGUUCAGAGCUUUUAGUGAUGCUUUAUUUUACAAUUUGUGAAAAAUGUUCCUAAUAAUUUCUGAUUGUUUCUUGUUGAGUUCAGACUAAUUAUAGAGGAAGUAGUCAGAGAGUCAGCUGACGAACGCACAAUUCAACAUAUAGAAUGACGUCUCCAGUUAAUUGAAUGAUGGAUGAACAUUUACGCGGGUUCAGACGGAGCAGAAUAUCGGGAGUUAUUGGGAAACUACGCACCUGUAAAGUAAAGCAUGCCUGACCUGUUUGUUACUGGGGGUUGUGUUAAUAUGUUUUCUUUCAAUUUCACUUUAUCAGAAAGCUCCAGAGCUGAAACGUCAGCUCGUGUACAGACCCUGUCCUCAUUCAUUCAGUCCAAAGUUUACUGUUUGUCCACAUUUUAGUGCUUUUUAUAUACUUUGAAUUUUCUGUUUCAUAUUCUGAAUAAAUAAUUUCAUAUUAAACAAUUCUUACAUUUAAAAUGCUGUCUAUGUAGUUAACUGCACAAAGACAGGAGAUAUUAAAGAGGAACAAGUGUUUAGAUCCUUUACUUAAAGUAGCAGAAAAACCAUUUAAAGAUACUCGAUUACAAGUGAAGUGCAUCUCAUAGCAUAUGAUGCAUCGCUGUAGAUUAAACCAGCCAGCAGGAUAUAAAGUAGUUCACAUGAGCUCAACCUGAAGCAUCUGCAGCAUCCACAUUAAUGCAGCAGGAAUAUUCAUCCACAAACAUCAGAUUUAAUAGAAAAACACUGACAGGAACAUUUUACUGCGACAUGAGGACUUUUAUUAGUACUUUUACUGGGGUAAAGGACCUGAAUACUUCUUCCACCACUGCCAGCUAAGAAAAGACGGGGCUGCUCUGCCUGAUUUAAAUUAGGCGAUUAUAAAACCGCUAUCAGCCCAAAACUAGACUAGCUGAAAAAACCUGGACUGAGUCCUGACGAACCCAUUGGUGGAGCCACAUGAAAGGCAGCCUGGAGGUUUUCGUGGGGUCCUGGCAGUCUGCACAGAUCACAGAUCCUCUGCUGGAUGCCUCCGAGCUGCUCUGCGCUUCAGAAGCUAAAGAGCUGAUUUCUCCACUGACCUACUCUCCGUGUUACUGUGUGUGUGCGUGUGUGUCGUUAAAUACCAGUGUGCUCGGGUAACCCUUCCUCUCCGUCGCAGCCCUCUAUGUGAAGGGGUUGCCAUGGCAACAAAUUUUUUGGCCUAGAUGGCCAGGUAGAGUAACUUAAGGGGUAAAAGACAGAGGGGAGAUGGGUCAGGGAGGCUUCAAAGAGAGCUUGUAAAUGUGCAGCACAAUCAGGCGACGCUUCAUCACUGAUUGAAUUUCUCAGAGUGCAGAAGAAGAGAACGAGCCGUCAAAUAUGACAUCACAUAAGAGGGAGUUUACACAGUUCCACACACUGUAUGUUGUAUAUUAAGGGUAUUAAGGCUAAUUCUUCUUUUUAAGACCAAAAUCUUAUAGCCUGACUGUCUGUAGGCAAAACAUGAAUAAUGAAAUAAAGGGAUUACAUAUCUGCCAGACAUAGUUAAAAGCUUUGAAACAAACUCUAAACUAUAGUGUUUAGGAGAUAAAAGAUGUGAAUGGCAAUAUUUCACUCUACUGCUCCCUGAACAACUCCAAACAUCAGUUUAUUGUAAAAUUCUUGCAUUAUUAUUUAAUUUAUGAGAUGAGAACAAAGAACAUCUUAAGUUUGUGGACAUCUUACAUCUGUAAAAAAAAUAAAGAUAACAUAUAAAAAGUGUUUAUAUAUAUGUGACUCGUGUUGCAGUCAAAC